UUUUUUUUUUUAUCUAUUCUAAUUACUGUCUCAAGUACAUACAUAUAAAACUCUAAUAUUUAAGCCUACUCCUUUAAUUUUUAUUUUGCUUUAUUCUAUUUUUGUAGAAUGAUGACUUCAAUGAAUAAUGACUUUAACAAACUUCUACCAUUGCAGCAAUCACAACAGACAACCGAAAAUCCGUUAACGACAAUAAAUAAUGCAGCAACAACAUUAUAUGCCAACAACAACAGUAAAACGGCUUUAAUGCAAAGCACAACUUCUGUACCUGAAUUAUUAAUUGAAACAGCUACUACUAGUAUCACAGGUAAUAAUUCAGAAGAAUCCUCAGGAAGUUCAGCCGAAGAAAGCAUAUUUCCCCCGACUUAUGCAGCCUUACCGACAACAAAACUAGAAGAAGAACCUAAUCCUUUUGAGCAAAGUUUUAAGGGAGCAACUACUACUAUUAAAAAGCAUAUUUUACCCAGUGUAAAUACAAUGGAUUCACCCAUAAAUCGAUUAGAUGAGUUAAAUAAUCAAUGGAAUAGUUUAAGAUCUGGUAUUUUAUCACCUUCUAUGUUAAAUGGGCCUGCUACAGAAACUAUGAAUCAUAAUCAUAAUGGUGUUCAACAAAAUAAUAUUCCAAUUUUGCCUACAAAGCCAAUUAUUAAAUACGAAUCAAUAGAGUCAAGUAAUAAUCUAAACAUUUCACCUAUUCAAUAUCAAAAUACAAUCAUUGUAAAUAACAAAAGACCAAAAGCGAAUGACUCUGCAUCAAGUAGUACUAAAAAAAGAACAUCAAAGAAAGUAAAUGGUCCAGAAGAUGAAGAAAAACGAAGGAACUUUUUAGAACGAAAUAGAAUAGCUGCAUUAAAAUGUAGACAACGUAAAAAGCAAUGGUUACAAAACUUGCAAGCUAAAGUUGAAUAUUUAACAGCAGAUAAUGAGCAACUUCAUUUACAAACAAACGCAUUAAAAGAAGAAUUAAUUCAAUUAAAGACCCUUUUAAUGGCACACAAAGAUUGUCCUGUUAAUCAGUCCGCUGUACAAGCUGCUUUAAACAAACCUAUACCUGGUAUUACAACUACUGCUAAUGCUCCUCAUUUAUUGCUCCAUCAACAUCAAGAAUCUACAAACAGUAAUCAUAAUAAUAAUAUAUCUAUUUAAUAAAUUGUAUAACUAUCCUUU